AUGUUGCAAUUCCUAGGCAAAGGAAAAUAUAGUGAAGUAAAACUAGCUUGUGAAAUCAAUACUGGAGUACACGUUGCUCUCAAAAUAAUGAAAAAGGAAUAAAUUUCUUCUAUUUGGAAGAGUAUUGCUUAGGAAUUAAAGAUUUAAUACCUCCUCAAUCAUCCCAAUAUUGUUAAAUUGUACACUUUCUUCCACACAACCACUGAGAUUGUUCUAGUAUUAGAAUAUUGUUGCCAUGGACAAUUGCAUAAAUUAUUGAGAUCACUACCAGAAACCUGUUUUACUGAAUAAGUGGCUGCAUUCUACAUUAAAUAAGUAGCUUCAGCCUUAAAUUAUCUACAUAGAAACGGCAUUAUUCAUAGAGACAUCAAACCAGAAAAUAUAUUUUUAUGUUACAAUCAAAUUAAAUUGGCUGAUUUUACUCAUUCAAUUUACUCUCCGCAAUAAGAAAGAUCUACUUAAUGUGGAUCAUUAGCAUACAUAUCUCCUGAAAUUGUCAAAGGAGAAAACUAUGACAAAAGCACUGAUAUGUGGUCAUUGGGAGUCUUAGCAUAUGAAUUAUGUACUGGUGAAACUCCCUGGGAAGAUCUAUCAUAUCAAGAAAUGUAGGAUAUGAUUAUUAGUGGUAACAUCAGAUUUCCAAACAAAUUUUCAUAAGAAUUAAGAGACUUCAUAAGAAAUCUAAUACAUGUAGACCCAAAGAAUAGAAUGAAUGCUCGACAGGCCCUUAGCCAUCCUUGGUUAAUUGAUUGUAAAUAAGAAGUAUCAUAAUUCACUAUUGAUAUAUGA